CAGAUGCUGUCUCGUCGGAUCGUGCGGGCGUCGCCCCUCCGAACGGCAGCUCUCCUGCCCGCGCGACGCCUCCCCAUGGUCCAACACCGAACCUUCCUCCCGGAAUCCAUGACUGGUAGUGGGAAGGCAAUCGACGAGAAAUACCCCGACUCCGAUUACCCAACCCUCAGUGAAAAGGAGGACCCCGAGAUGAACGGAGGCUAUAUCAAUCCCCCUCGCAUCAAACGCCAAUUCCGCGAUCCCCAUGCCGACUGGUGGGACAAGCAAGAAAGGAGGAACUUUGGCGAGCCGGUUCACGAGGACAACGAUAUCUUGGGCAUGUUUUCUCCUUACGAGUACACAUGGGUCGGAACCGGGAAGGGCCUCUUCCAGAUUGGUUGCUUCGUCGCCGUUUUUCUCAGUGUGGUAUGGGUCACCAAACAGAUCUACCCGGACAGGGUUGCAUACCCGCGGGAAUUCGAAGACGGUCUUGAGAGGGAACUGGGCGGUCGCGGUUCAAUGAGGGCCAGGAAGGCGGGUGACCCGGACCCGUAG